GCCCGGCGGCUGCUGGCCCUUUAAGGGCCGGGAGCGGUUGGGCUGCGGCGGCCGGAGGUGCGGGGCCUUCACCUGUUCUGCGACGGGGCCGCCGGCAGCGGGGACACGGACAGGGACACGGGGAAGGGGUUCAGCGCUGUCGCCCGUCCUGCAGCAGGGCGGGGGGAUGGCGGCGGUGGAUGACCUCAAAUUCCAAGAAUUUGACGAUGCAGCUAAUUUGCUUGCAGCAAAUCCUGACGCUACUACAAUAAGCAUUGACGAGCCAGCUGAAAUCCCCAAGAAUCAGCACAGCCGUCGGCAGGACCCAGGGAGAGAAGAGGAUGAUGAAUUACUGGGGACCGACGACUCGGAUAAAACAGAGCUGCUUGCAGGACAGAAGAAGAGUGCCCCUUUCUGGACGUUUGAGUACUACCAGACGUUCUUCGAUGUGGACACGUACCAGGUCCUGGACAGAAUCAAAGGUUCGGUUUUCCCAGUACCGGGGAAGAACUUUGUGAGGCUGUAUAUCCGCAGCAAUCCUGACCUUUACGGUCCUUUUUGGAUAUGUGCCACGCUCGUCUUUACCAUUGCUGUUAGUGGCAAUCUCUCGAAUUUCUUCAUCCAUCUGGGCAAACCAACAUACCACUAUGUGCCCGAGUUCAGAAAAGUGUCCAUAGCAGCGACAACGAUUUAUGCGUAUGCUUGGCUUGUUCCCCUGGCUCUCUGGGGAUUCCUGAUGUGGAGGAACAGUAAAGUUAUGAACAUUGUGUCCUACUCGUUCCUGGAGAUUGUGUGUGUAUAUGGUUACUCCCUCUUCAUUUACAUUCCCACAGCGAUUUUAUGGAUUAUUCCACAAAAAGUGGUGCGCUGGGUCCUGGUGAUGUUCUCCCUGUGCCUUUCGGGGUCUGUUUUGGUGAUGACCUUUUGGCCCGCUGUCCGAGAUGACAACCGGAGGAUUGCGCUGGCGACCGUGGGGACCAUUGUUCUGCUUCAUGCCCUGCUGGCUGUCGGCUGUUUGGCGUACUUUUUUGAUGCCCCUGAACUGGAUUUUCCUGCACCUGUUAUCCCUGCUCACAAUGUAUCAACAGUAGUAACAAGGAGUCGGUAAAUAAGGUUACAAUGCCUGUUUCUCCAUCUGUACAGUAAUCUUAUUUUAGACUAUUUUUUCACUGAAGAACAUGGAAACCGCAAGAAAAGGGAAUGCUUUUUGUAGAAGAAAGGACAGUGAUGUCCCAUGGACAUACGGACAUCUCCAGACUCACUGGAGACUGACUGGUUCCAUAAGGGGAGUGAACUGUUGAUCUUAAUCCUGUACAGCAGUUUUUCUUUUUUAAAAGUCUGUCUGCACUCACAACACUAUUUUGCCUCUGAAUAAAGUGUUCUGAAGGUGA